AUGGAUGUCAAGAAAAAGACCUUCUUGGAGAACUUGCGUGUGAAAACAAAGUUUCCUAACCGGAAGAAGCCAGGUAAGAAGCCACUUGCCAAGCAGGGGAGGAUGCUGGCCCACCGGCGCAGUAGCUCUGUACCAGACCUAAGGUUUGUGCCAGGUGAAGCAUUUUCAACAGAGAGCGUGGACACUACCUCUGAUGCCAUCUUUUUCGGCAUUUCCCCUGGUUUCAGUGAUACUGAUUCUAUUGCAAGUGGCUCAAUCCCUGAUGGGCCGCUUUUCACAGAAAAACUGACCGAAUCAGUCCCAGAAACUAGACUCAGAGUUUCCACAGAUAACAGAGCUACAGGGUUUAACAGAAUAAGUGCACCAGUAGAGGCAUCAACCCUGUAUGAGGAAAUUGAUGAUGCGAUAAAAUCAGGCUCUCAGACAAAUGUGAACUUGACUGGAGAAGCCGUGUAUGCACAGGUUAAUAAAAGAGCCAUGGAAAAUGCACCAAAAUUUACUUUUGAGCCUAUUCCUGCACCAAGAUCUGUUUAUAAAAAUGCACAAGUCCUGUCACCAAGACCAGACCUUGGAGAGAGAGAAAAUCUCUCUGGUGAAAUGGUUUGCAUCCCUGAAGAAACCCCAGCAGACAGAGUGCCUCAAAGUUCAAUUACUGCAGCACUGGCCAGAGCAAACUCACUGGGAGAUCAGGUGAGCCCUGGCAUAGAAAAGAAGACCACAAUGUUGGAGCAAAAAAAGGCGUCAUUUGAAGAUGUGACUCCAGCAAUCAGAAGAAAUGCUCUGGUCACGGAUACUCUGGGUACACUUCAGGAGAGUGUAGAGCAAAAAAAGGCGUCAUUUGAAGAUGUGACUCCAGCAAUCAGAAGAAAUGCUCUGGUCACGGAUACUCUGGGUACACUUCAGGAGAGUGUAGAGCAAAAAAAGGCGUCAUUUGAAGAUGUGACUCCAGCAAUCAGAAGAAAUGCUCUGGUCACGGAUACUCUGGGUACACUUCAGGAGAGUUCAGAUGGCCUCUCUCUGGACUCUUUCUGUGCUACUCCCAAUGAAGAUCGAGUCAACAUGACCUGGACAACAGACUCGGAGGAACUCGAACGAGAACUCUUCCCUCCCUCAACGAUGAAAGAGUUAGGCAUGGAAGACACUCUGCAAGGAGGCCAGCUUGAGGAUCCCCUGGAAGAAAUAGCAGAGACUACCAGUGAAAUAUUUGAAUAUUUUGACGAAACCAUACAAGAUCCGUCAGAAAACUUGGUUAAGGACCCCCAAGGACCUGUCCCACUCCAGAGGUACCUCCUGAGCAUCAAUCUAAAGCAGGGAAAGAACCUGGUCAUCAGAGACAAGCGCUCCGGUACCAGCGAUCCUUAUGUGAAGUUCAAACUCGAAGGAAAACAGUUCUACAAAAGCAAAGUGGUUUAUAAAAACCUGAAUCCACGAUGGAAUGAGUCAUUCUCUUAUCCUCUGCGAGACAGAGAGCAUAUUGUGGAAGUUCGGGUCUAUGAUAAAAAUCGAACAAGUGAUGACUUCAUGGGUUCCAGCACUAUUUCACUGAAAAAUCUUGACUUGGACAAAACCCAUGAAAUGGAGUUGCAUCUUGAUGAUCCAAAAAGUAAGGAAGAUGACAUGGGAGUUAUUCUCGUUGAUGUCCGCCUAAUGUAUAGAGAUGCCACCAUCAAAAGAGGCCCUAACAUCGUUUUCUCCCUCUGUGUUACCACCGCAGAGACAGGGAAUGGCAAGUGCCUUAGUAAAACUCUGCUGUGUGAUAGUGUUUCAAACAGGAGGGGGGUGUAUGGGAGAAGCAGGAGGGGGACUCUGCUGUUCGAGGCAUGUUGCCAGUGUGGGAUGCCUAAGAUCGGCAAGGCUGAUAAUUCCCAGUAUGCCAAGUGUCCUGCCUCCCCACACUCAGUCUGGGAGCCAGUGAUGAGUGGGACUGUCACAGCCAGGGACAUCUGGCUGCUCGCUGACGUCCCUCUCUUCCUCUCUCUCCAGGAGCCUCAGUGGUGUGGCUUGCCUGUCAGAAGAGAUGUGCUAAUGUGCUCCAACAGAGAUGUGCUGUAUAGUGCCACACCAACUGGGCGUCCAGCUGAAGUGCAGAAGAAUCAGCUAAAGAACCAGAUGUGGACUGGAGUGCUCAGUAUCACCUUGGUGGAGGGACUGGAUCUGCCGCAAUAUGGUCAUGGGGACAUUUAUGUCCGCUUUCGACUUGGUGAUCAGAAGUACAGGAGCAAGAACCUUUGCAUUCAGCCCAAUCCCCAGUGGAGAGAGCAGUUUGACUUCAAUCAGUUUGAAGAUAUCCAGGAACCUCUGCAGGUGGAGGUGUACUCUAAAAGAGGAAGGAAGAGUGAAGAAUCAUGGGGGAUGUUUGAGAUUGACCAAUCGAGACUGCAGCUUAAUGAGAGACAGCUCUGCACUCAUGCAUUGGAUCCAGGAAAGGGCAGACUAGUGUGUUUGGUCACUCUUAGACUCAGCUGGGGAGUCUCCAUAUCUGACUGUGGGACAGCUACCUUGGAGAAGCCUGAUGAGAGAGACAAUAUAGUGGAGAAAUUUAGCUUAAAGAACUCUCACAAGUGUGUGGGUGAGGUCGGCUUCCUUCAGGUCAAGGUUAUAAAGGCAAAUGAUCUUCCAGCAACAGACCUCAAUGGAAAAAGCAACCCCUUGUGUGUUAUUGAGCUCGGAAACAGCAAACUUCAAACUCACGCAGUCUACAAGAACCUCAAUCCCGAGUGGAACAAAGCAUUGACAUUCCCAAUUAAGGACAUUAAUGAUGUGAUGGAGUUGACUGUCCUGGAUGACAAUGGAGACAACAUAUUGGGGAAAGUGGCCAUUCCAUUAUUGACUGUUCAGAAUGGACAGCAGAUAUGUCUGUUCUUGAAGAAAGAAGACUUGGAAAGUGUGUCUAAAGGAACCAUCACACUGGAGCUGGAAGUUGUCUACAACAAAGUCAGAGCUGGUAUCAGAACCUUCCGACCAAAGGAGGGAAAAUUAAUGGAGGAAAACCCAAAGUUCUCCAAGAAGCUUCUUGCCCGGAAUAUAUAUCGGGUUCGAAAAAUCAGCACAGCAGUUCUGUACACGUUACAGUACAUUAAAAGCUGUUUUCAAUGGGAGAGCACACAACGGAGUCUAAUAGCCUUUCUGAUCUUCCUGGUGACGGUGUGGCACGGGGAGCUCUUCAUGCUGCCCCUCUUCCUGCUUCUGCUCAUCGUCUGGAACUACUUCCACCUCACCAAAGGGAAGGCCAGUUCCAACCAAGACCUGGUGAACAUGAGCAUUGGCGACGACGAAGAGGAGGGCGAGAAGGAAUGCGGAAAAAAGGGUUUGAUGGAUAAGAUACAUAUGGUGCAGGAAGUAGUGUUGGCUGUCCAGAACGCUUUGGAAGAACUCUCAAACAUUGGAGAGCGAAUCAAAAACAUAUUCAACUGGUCGGUCCCAUUCCUGUCAUGUCUGGCAUGCUUAGUGCUGUUUCUGGCAACAGCACUGUUAUAUUUUAUCCCAAUGCGAUAUAUUGUGCUGAUAUGGGGUGUUAACAAAUUUACCAAGAAGCUGCGCAACCCAUAUACUAUUGACAAUAAUGAAAUACUGGAUUUCCUCAAGAGGGUGCCUUCUGAUGUUCAAAAGGUGCAGUACAGCGCGUUGAGAGCGCCCACCAGCCAGAGCCAGCCACGGAAGAAAAGGUAAGCUCUACGGACAUGCUGG